GGUGUCACCCUGAAAGUAGUCCGACCUCUCCUCCUUGGUGAAGGUUCCCUGCGGUGACUCUGUGAACGUUAGCCGUCUUUAGCUGUAGUUUAACCGUCUCAGCAGUGAUGUCUGGCCGUGUCCUCGUCGGAGUGAAGCGGGUCAUUGACUACGCCGUCAAGAUUCGUGUGAAGCCGGACAAGAGCAGCGUGGUGACGGAUGGCGUGAAGCACUCAAUGAACCCCUUCUGUGAGAUCGCUGUGGAGGAGGCGGUCAAGAUGAAGGAGAAGAAGCUUAUUAAGGAGGUUGUGGCUGUCAGCUGUGGGCCACAGCAAGCACAGGAAACCAUCCGUACCGCCCUUGCCAUGGGAGCCGACCGUGGCAUUCACGUGGAAGUGACUGGGAAAGAAUAUGAAGCGAUGGGACCCCUGCAGGUCUCCAAGAUCUUCGCUGCUUUGGCCAAGCAAGAGGAAGCUCAACUCGUCAUCCUCGGCAAACAGGCCAUCGAUGAUGACUGCAAUCAGACCGGCCAGAUGACAGCAGCCUUACUGGACUGGCCUCAGGGUACCUUUGCAUCAGAGGUGACACUGGAAGGAGACAAGAUGAAAGUGGUGAGAGAAAUUGAUGGUGGCCUGGAAACUAUUAUGAUCAACACACCAGCAGUGUUAACCGCAGACCUUCGACUCAACACCCCCAGAUAUGCCACCCUGCCUAAUAUCAUGAAAGCCAAGAAGAAGAAGAUAGCCAAAGUGAAGACUGCAGACUUGGGGGUGGACAUCACAUCGCGGUUGGAGGUGUUGAGAGUGGAUGAGCCUCCACACAGAGAGGCGGGAGUGAAGGUGGAGACGGUGGAGGACCUGGUGGGCAAACUGAAGGAGGCAGGGAGGAUAUAGAGGCUUUGGGAGCAUAAACAGGGGAGCACAAAACUGGGCAGAAGGGACUCUCUAAUGAAUAACUGGACUGUAUUGCAUAAGCACACCCGGAGGACUGGCUUAUGUGUCGGUCUAAUCCCUUUGUUUGAGACGGUGACUCCUGAGGAUAUGCAGGGAGGUACUGACAGGAGAGGAGGAGGAGUACUGAGAAACACCGUCCCGCAGCAGAGCAGACAACCACAGAAGAAUCAUCUUGUCUUUUAUGCGCAUUUUAACAUACAGUAAGCUACUAAUCCCACUUUAAAUUAAACAAGCAGUCUUUAUGCAGUCAUUGAAACCCAGAACCGUCUAUCACGAUUAUUCAUGCUGCUGCUUGUAUUACACUGUAUACACUACCAGUACGAUGCAUUUCACCAACAGUUACUAGACUCAGCUGUUUAAUCUUGUGUAUCUACAUGUAAAGAGGUGCAGUUGUUGUAAAUGAUAUAUGUAAAUAUGGACCCAAACAUGUUGAGAUGAUUUUCUCCUUCAAGAUUAGUGUCCUGUCCGCUGGUGAUUUGUAUAGUUUGCGUAAUUGCAACAGGGUUUCAGGACUGCGUAGACGGUGUCUCUCAGUAUGAGCAAGGGAAGAUGAUCAGAAACCUGACUUUUACCAUAAGCGCCUCAACUCUCUGAUUGUACAGAACAUUGCCAUGACAAUAAAGCAGCCAGUUUUUUUCAUAUCUAAAUAAA